AUGAAGGUCUCCUCUUUUAUGGAGCACAUUGAUAGGCUGAAGGAGGAGUUUACCUUCAUGCACAAUCAACUUCAGCAGCAAAGAAAUGAGUUGGAGAAACUGAAUGCUGAAAAGGAAAACAUGCAGCGUCACUAUAUGUUAUAUUAUGAAUUUCAAUGCGGUAUGAAUAUGGAAAUCCAGAAACAAAGCGAACUUUGUAAACGAUAUACGGCCAUAAUUACACAGCUUCUUCCAUUCCUACCACCUGAACAUGCUCAGCAAGCGAUGAAUGCUAUGGAACGUGCAAAACAGAUAUCUACGCAAGAAGUCGGCCAAUUGAUGCAGUCAAAUGCCCAUACACAACAAAUGGCAGCGAUGAUGCCUGCCAUGGCGGGACUACCUGGUGCGUUAGGAAUGCCACCCGUAGGUUUUCAACAGGCACUAGCAGCAGCAGCAAUGGGAGCAACACAUCGUGUACCUGAGGCUACCUCAUCUGCUGCCCAUUCCGAACGACACGAUCAACCAAGCAGGCAGUCAAGCUCUCGCCCUCGAUCCAUUUCGCCGAACGGUUCGACUUCAAAGCGGAUGAAAGUCGAAGAAGACGCUGAUGGAGAUGGCGAGUUAGAGAUCGAUGUACAGAAUGACGAUGCAGGUGGUGCAGGACAUUCAAAUGGAACAAGCAGCGCCCCACCAUCAUCCCUUAAAGUCCCAAAAGCCGACGGUCGAGAUUCAACGAACAGUGUUGCAUCGAGUGGCGCGAGUACUCCUGGCCCGAAGCCGCGAAAUCCCUUGGAACAAAUGGGUUUACCUGGUGGUGUAUUUGGUAACCUAGGUAUGAAUAUGAAUCCUCUUGCUGCAGCGUUUAGUCGUGGUGGACUGCCGCCCAUAUUUGACCAACAUGCACAGGCUCGGAUGGCAGCUGGCAUGGGUAUCGGCGGUCCUGCUGGUGGACUUCUAAACGGAAAACCGGCCUAUUCCUUCCGCACGGUUGACGGCGGAGUUUUACAACCGACAGUAUUCCCGAGUGAUGCGUUCAAUGCUCCUGGAAUUCCGAAGAGUGUCACGCGAAAGUUUGAGUUACCACAUGGAGAGGUUGUAUGUGCAGUUACUAUAGCGAAAGAUAAUCGAAGUGUAUAUACUGGUGGAAAAGGAUGUGUUAAGGUCUUGAAUACAACUCGUACGGAAAAGUAUCAGUUGCAUCAACACGAAUCAUGUGUCCUAUCGCUAAAGUUUGCUCACUCUGGACGAUGGUUCGUUUCGACGGGGAAGGACAAUGUGUUGAACGCUUGGAGGACUCCUUAUGGUGCAUCGUUGUUACAAGCAAAGGAAUCGUCGUCUGUGCUAUCGUGUGACAUAGCCAGUGACGACUCCCUGAUUGUGACAGGAUCAGGCGAGAAGAAGGCGACCGUCUACGAGGUGACGACGUACACUUGA